CUUUUUCUUCUGGAUCUUUAUCUGAAUAAAGCUCUACCUGGUUUAGAGAGAAAACGCAGAAAGCUUCCCAUUUUGCAGAGAAAUCUCGUGCUUUUAUUAUUCGAAGCUAAAAAGCGAACAUGAGAUGAGCAUAUUACUGGAAAUUUUUGGCUUUUUUACGUUCUGUUAAUGCGGAGGAGAAAGAUGUGAAAUAGAAAGCUGCUGUUUUUUGCGUUGCAUCUUGAUUGAUAAGGAAUCUUAAUAUGUAACAAAAUAACUUGUUAGCUGAAAUAUUAUGUGCUCAAUUUGAUUGGACGAAAUUGCCGCAGAUGAACAAGACGAAUAUCACUGUUCUAAUUCGAUACAUUUUGUUGUCUUAAAAUACUAAUGAUGUCUGUUCAUGGACCAAAGCUGAGACUGCUGAUGAAAAGUAAAAUUCGUGGUACAACUGAAAUUCGUAAUACUAUAUGAUGACGUGUGCAAAAUCUAGCUCGAUGUUGAUAACCAUGACACUUUUUUGUAAAAUGCAAUGCGUCCGUGAAUUUUUUUCCUUGUGUAAAAUGUAGUCUGUCAAAGUAGUAGGUGAUGAUCCAUGACAGGCGUCUCUUGGCAUUAGCUUAUCCAUGUCCAAUGAGCUUCUCUACAAAGUUGAACUCAUCUAAUUUUUUUGAUGAUAACUUAUGAUUUGUGUCAAUGUGACUUCGUAUGUACACGCUACUCUGCUUUGCUUCAGUUAAUACUGCAUUUCUGUGCUGUUUGUGGCAAUAUUUUUGUCUCAUGGUCGGAGAUGCUUUGAAUGCAUUGUUGUCUCUCAUAAUACCUUCUUCAGCUGGAUAUGGUGGUUGUUAUAUGAAUUUGUUUACCAACUUUGUCUGUAUUUGUUUUUCCCGCUUGUCAUAUAUCAUUCAAUUCAUUGUUGCUUCUUUAGGUAAGGAGAGGUCAGAGCAAAGCAUCUUCUGUAUCAUGGUUCGAGAAAAAGAUGUUUGCUGGGAGUAUGCCGAAAAGUUAGACGGAAACAAAGUGAGAUGCAAGUUCUGCCUUAGAGUACUGAAUGGUGGCAUUAGUAGAUUAAAGCAUCAUCUGUCUAGACUUCCCAGUAAAGGUGUAAAUCCAUGCGGCAAAGUGAGGGAUGAUGUUACUGACAGGGUCAGAGCUAUUAUAGCGGUAAAGGAAGAGGGAAAGGAAAUUCCCCUUCCCAAGAAACAGAAGCUAGCAGAAGCGAAACCUCCUAUCAGCACUUCCAUGGGUAAAGGUUCAAUCACUUUGGAAGCACCUCCUCCAGUGGUGAAAGUUUUUCCAUCUGUGAUGCCCAUAGGUUCCUCCCCAGCUAGUGACGAAGAGAAUGCAGAGAGAAGUAUCGCCUUAUUCUUUUUUGAAAAUAAACUGGAUUUUGGCGUGGCUCGUUCUUCAUCUUAUCAACAAAUGAUUGAUGCAAUAGGAAAGUGUGGCAGUGGGUUCAUAGGGCCAUCCUCUGAUUCUCUUAAGACUAUCUGGUUAGAUGGGAUCAAGUCUGAAUUAAGCUUAGAAUCUAAAGAUAUUGAGAAAGAAUGGGCCAUGACAGGUUGUACAGUAAUCGCUGAAACAUGGACAGAUAACAAAUCUAGAGCUUUGAUUAAUUUUUUAGUCUCUUCACCUUCUAAAACUUUUUUCCACAAAUCAGUAGAUGCAUCGUCAUAUUACAAGAAUAUCAAGUGCCUUUCCGAUUUAUUUGACUCUGUAAUUCAAGAUUUUGGCCAAGACAAUGUUGUGCAGAUUAUUGUGGAUGAUACUCUUAAUUGCACUGGUUUGGUAAACCAUAUUCUUCAGAACUAUGGGAGUAUAUUUGUUUCCCCUUGUGCUUGGCAAUGUCUAAAUUCAAUCCUGGAGGAGUUCUCCAAAGUAGAUUGGGUUAACAGAUGUAUCUUGCAGGCACAGGCUAUCUCAAAGUUUAUAUAUAACGCUUCGUCUGUUCUGGAUCUUAUGAAAAAGUACACCGGAGGACAGGGGAUCAUUAAGUCUGGCAUCACAAAGCCUGUUUCUGACUUUCUCUCCUUGCAAUCUAUCCUGAAACAGAGGUCAAAACUGAAACAUAUGUUCAAUAGCCCUGAAUUUUCUGCAAAUUCAGCUUUUGCAAAUAAGUCUCAAAGCAUAACCUGUGUUGGCAUUCUUGAUGAUAAUGAUUUCUGGAGGGCAGUUGAGGAAUGUGUUGCUGUUUCUGAACCCUUCUUGAAAGUCAUGAGGGAAGUUUUUGGAGGGAAGCCUGCAGUGGGGUACAUUUACGAAUUGAUGACUAAAGCAAAAGAGUCAAUCAGAACUUACUACAUUAUGGAUGAGAUUAAAUGCAGUACUUUUCUAGAUAUAGUUGACAAGAAGUGGCAGAACAACCUCCAUUCACCUUUACAUUCUGCUGCUGCUUUUUUGAAUCCUAGCAUCCAGUAUAAUCCAGAGGUCAAGUUUCUUGGCUCUAUAAAAGAAGAUUUUUUCAGAGUCUUGGAGAAAUUACUCCCCACGCCAGAAUUAAGACGAGAUAUUACCAAUCAAAUUCUUUUAUUUACCAGGGCAUCUGGGAUGUUUGGUUGUAAUCUCGCAAGGGAAGCAAUUGAUACUGUUACACCAGGGAUUUGGUGGGAACAGUAUGGUGAUGCUGCUCCCAUGUUGCAACGGGUUGCCAUACGAAUACUUAGCCAGGUCUGUAGCAUUUUUACUUUUGAGCGGAACUGGAGUACAUUCAAGCAACUUCAUUCGGAGAAGCGCAAUAAAAUUGAUAAGGAAACAUUGAAUGACCUUGUAUAUAUACAUUACAAUCUCAAGCUAUCUAGAUCUCUUGCAUCAAGGCCUUUGGAAGCAGAUCCCAUUCAACUUGAUGACAUAGAUAUGACUUCUGAGUGGGUGGAGGAGUCUGAGAACCCUAGCCCCACUCAGUGGCUGGAUAGGUUUGGUUCUGCAUUGGAUGGGAAUGACUUGAACACGAGACAGUUUAGUGCUGCUAUAUUUGGUGGUGACCACAUCUUUGGUUUGUGAUCCUGCUUCUCAGGUGACUCUUGGUUAACAAAAUCGUGUUGUUAAACCAGCAGUUGUUAUUGUAGACUGAUGUAGAUGAUCUAUGCAAUGUAGCUUCCCUAUGCGCCAUCUGGCGUCCUUGUAUAGCGCACCGUUUUAUUGGAUAUAUUCUUAUUUUUUAUUGUCUUUUCGUGUU